CUCUUCGCCCCACCACUUUUUGGCACCCCACCCAAGGAAGAAGAUCAAUCAACCGGCUACUUUUUUAUGAGUUAAAUCUCGGCUUCGAGUUCAACUCUCUUUGAUUCCAUCGACGUUAGCGUUGUCGCUUCUGCAGUUCCUUCUCACUGCUUAAGCUCAUCCCCUUUUAUAGUGACCACCCCCGAGUAAAGCUACCGUUUUCGUAGCUUCCUCUCUUCGUUUUUUGAUCGGGAGAUGCCGUCGAUCGCUACCCCGGUUCGCUCUCCGAUCGGAGCCUCUGGCUCCAAGAAGAUGUCGUCUCUGUACCUGACGACCCACGCGAUUUCGGCCACUUCUGUUCUGCUCAAGGCUCGAAAGAGCUUCGCCAGUGGCGCGUCACGUCUUGCCUUCUCGCCGCUGCCGGAGCCUCUGAGAUUCCCUGGCGGAAGCGGGCCGUUCAGACGGCGGCAUCUCGCCGGUUCCCAUCUCGCCAGAGCGGCCGCAGCCGACGCAGAGGGCAGGGAGAUUGAAGUUUCCGAUGGGUUGGCAAAACCAUCCAAGAGCUUCGGAGAAAGAUACCCAGCACUUGUUACUGGCUUUUUUUUCUUCAUGUGGUACUUCUUGAAUGUCAUCUUCAACAUACUGAACAAGAAGGUCUAUAAUUAUUUCCCGUAUCCAUACUUCGUAUCUGUCAUACAUCUUCUCGUUGGAGUUGUUUAUUGUCUGGUUAGUUGGGCAGUUGGUCUGCCCAAACGUGCGGUAAUUGAUAGAGAGCUUCUAGCAUUGCUGACCCCUGUUGCUGCCUGCCAUGCCCUAGGACACGUCAUGUCCAAUGUGUCUUUCGCAGCAGUUGCCGUAUCCUUUACGCACACCAUCAAAGCCCUUGAGCCAUUCUUCAAUGCGGCUGCUUCUCAGUUCGUUCUGGGCCACCAGAUCCCACUGUCCCUGUGGCUAUCACUAGCUCCUGUUGUGAUUGGUGUGUCGAUGGCUUCAUUAACCGAGCUUUCUUUCAACUGGACUGGUUUCGUCAGUGCAAUGAUCUCAAAUGUUGCAUUUACCUACAGAAGUAUUUACUCAAAGAAAGCAAUGACAGGAAUGGACAGUACAAAUGUGUAUGCUUAUAUAACAAUCAUCGCUCUUCUGUUUUGCAUCCCUCCAGCAGUUAUUAUUGAGGGCCCUCAACUGAUGCAAUACGGAUUUAUGGAGGCCAUUGCCAAAGUGGGUCUUUUCAAGUUCCUGUCAGACCUUUUCUGCAUUGGAUUGUUCUAUCAUCUCUACAAUCAGGUUGCUACUAACACUUUGGAACGGGUAGCGCCACUUACACACGCUGUUGGAAAUGUGCUGAAGAGGGUUUUUGUGAUCGGUUUCUCUAUUGUUGUAUUUGGUAAUAGGAUCUCCACUCAAACUGGGAUUGGAACUGCAAUAGCAAUAGCUGGAGUGGCCAUCUACUCCCUCAUAAAGGCGAAUAUCGAAGAGCAGAAACGGAAGGCUGCAGCGGCCCCUGCUCAGUAACGUGCCGAUCGUGCGGGAUCGACCAAUUUCCUUGUACUCCAUGCAUUUUUUAAGGUAAUAAAUGAGCAAAUUCUUUUACCGAGGUUAAUACCCGCUAGCCGAGCUGCCUCAAAGACUUCUCUACAUCUUCAUGAAACUGUAGCUACCGGGUCGAAUUCUCUGUCUAAACUUGCAUUCGUCGUGUACCUUUCUAUUGAUAUUUGUGCAAGUACGCGGCCUCUAGUGGGGAAGAAAUAAGAAAUUACAAAUGGAGCUGCAUCGUUUCAGAUUGUGAAUCACUCCCGGUGAGGCUUCAAGUUCCUCGCUUUCCCAGGC